UUAUUUCCGCGGCGAUUUCAUAUUAAAGACUAUGAUGACGAAGAACUCCGAAGUAUUUUACUACGGAUGAUCCGACAAGACAAUUUCAAGAUCCAGCAGGGACCAGCCGGCCCAUAUCCUCGUAUAUUAGCGAAGCGUGUGGGCUAUGGCCGCGAGGAACCUGGAUUUGGAAACGUACAUGAGCUCCACUUGGCCUAUUUAAAAAUCUUGGAACGACAAGCUUCUCGCCUUCGGCAGAGGCUAGUAGAUAUUGACGACCUAUGGGUUGAGCCGGCUCCGGACGAGAAUCUUCUGACAGGCGAAGAUAUCAUCGGACCUGAGCCCGAGGAUUGCCGAGCAAAGAGUGAUGCAUGGAAGGAGCUUCAAAAGAUGGCUGGGCUAGAUGAUGUCAAACAAGCCAUCAGCAAAAACUUUGAUCGAGCUAAACUUAGCUACAGGAGAGAAGUCGCUGGUAAGGAGCUUCUCAAUAUAUCCUUGAAUAGAGUUUUCUUGGGUCCUCCUGGAACAGGAAAAACGACUGUUGCAAAGCUCUAUGGUCAGAUCAUUACCGAAGUUGGUCUUGUACCAAAUCAAGAGGUGGUAUUUAAAGUCCCAAGCGACUUCAUUGGCCAGCACGUAGGUCAAUCGGAGGUUAAGACCAAUUCCAUCAUUGACGCGACAAAGGGGAAAGUGUUGAUCAUAGACGACGCACAUAUGUUCUUCAAUGGGAGUCUGGAUGGGGUAGACGGAACAGACAAAUUUCGACUUGCCUGCAUUGAUGUGAUUGUCUCCAAAAUCCACAACAGAACAGGAGAGGGUCGCUGCAUUAUCCUCAUCGGAUAUCCCGACAGGAUGGAGCAAAUGUUUCAGAAAUGCAAUCCAGGUCUGCGUCGCCGGUUUCCACUUGAGGAGGCCUUUCGAUUUCAAGAUUAUGAUGACGAUAGACUCACAGAGAUCCUUGGAAUGAAAAUGGAAGAGAGCGAGAUAAAAGCUUCCACGGCCGCGAUGCAAGUUGCUUCAGAAGUGUUGCGCCGGGCAAGAGAUCGGCCCAACUUUGGCAAUGGUGGAGACGUUGUCAACUUGUUAAAUCAGGCAAAGCUCGACUAUCUGGAGAUGGUGAAUAUUACUCUUGAGCCGGAGGAUUUUGACCCCAAUUACAAUCGCGGAUCUACGGCGGCCGAAAGAUGCCGAGCCCUGUUUGAUGGGUUGAUUGGGUUCGAAGAAACUAUUCAACGAUUUCAAGGCUAUCAACGCACGGCUGAGAACUUGAGGCGUAGAAAUAAGAAUCCCAGAGACACCAUUCCAUUUACAUUCGUUUUCAAGGGCCCUCCAGGCACUGGGAAGACACAUACUGCUCGCAUAGUUGGUCAGAUAUUUUACGACAUGGGCAUCUUAUCCACUAAUGAGGUGGUUGAGUGUUCUGCUUCGCAACUAAUUGGAAAGCACGUUGGCCAUACUGGGCCAAAGGUGAUUGAUUUGUUUGAAAAAUCAUUGGGCAAGAUUUUGUUCAUCGACGAAGCCUAUCGCUUAGGGCUUGGUGGCCGAAACAGCUUUGGAGACGAAGCAGUCGCGGAAAUAGUUGACUGCAUGACGAAGCCUCGAUAUCAGCGCAAACUAGUCAUUGUCCUGGCUGGCUACACGCGCGAAAUGGAUCUUCUCAUGAAAGUGAAUGCUGGACUUCGAGGUCGUUUCACUACGGAGAUCAACUUCUCUCCCAUGAAACCACGGGCAGCUCUACAAUAUCUUCAGAAUCUGCUUUCCAAGCAAGAUAUCGAGCUUCUGGAAGAUAAUAAUGUCAACACAAAUGAGUACGAAACAGUAAUGAGACUAUUCAAAAAGUUGAGUAUGACAAAUGGAUGGUCGAAUGGACGAGAUAUCAAUACACUAGCUGGCGCAAUCACGGAUGAUGUUUACAACUACAGUGAAGUGGAAGAAAGUGGUAAAAGCUUGUUCAUUCGAAGAGAGGACUUGAUUAAGUUUUUGAAGGAUAUGCUACGACAAAGGAUCAAAGGAGGGGUAGCUUGA